GGUGCCCUGAAAGUUCUUCCAAUCUGAUUAAGUGUGCAUGUGUGGCAGCGUUCCCAUUGAACCAGCAGCCUUAAUAAUGGUCCCACACUGUGUACAUACCACCUAUAAAUUCAGCACACACCACACAUUACUAUUAGAGUUUCUGCUGAGAUCAAGGGAACCAAUGAUGGAGUCCAAAAAAGUCUUCUUCUUAGUGCUCUAUCUCCUCUUGUACAGCAGCUUCUCAACUGCCGAUCUCAAUCCAGAUCUUGUAAAGCAAGUGGAAAAGGGGAUAGACACCAGUGUCAAACUAUUGGAAAGCCUUGAUGCACUGGCAAAGUUAACCGAAAAAGUGGAAGAAGGAGCAAAGACCAUCCAAAAAGUCUUGCAAGUCCUUGAUAAGCUGGCAAAGAUUGCAUCAGCUCUUAGUUUUGUUGGAGCAUUGGUGAGUUUUAUCUUUGCUUUUAUCCCCCAGCAAGAUCCAACUUUGGAGUUCAUGAAAGUCCAGUUUUCAGAGGUCAACAGGAAACUGGACUCCCUUGCACUCCAAAUAAACUCUCUGGCAGAAAAAAUGGAAUGGACAGCGUAUGCCAGUAUCUAUUCAAGGGAUGAGAACAACAUCAAGAACUCCUGGACCAAACUGAGAGAGUUCAUAGACAGUGCUGCUAAGGCAGAAACGGAAAAGGAGAAGACCAGAUUAGCUGAAAGAUUCACCACUUUCUAUGAGAACACUGGAACAGAGAACAGCGUUUAUAACUUUCACAGUUACCUGACUGAGAACAACCCAGCCAGCCUGAAUAAGAACCUCUUAGUACUUGUCACUGAAAAGUCUGAAGGGAAUUUUAAGACCCUUGUGCAAUUUACUGCAUAUUUUACUUCUCUGAUGGUCACUGGAUUGCAGCUGAAUCUUCAUUAUUAUGCAUUAAAGGGUUAUGAUGGUAAGCUUAAAGCAGAAGAGGCAGUCAAACAGCUAUCCAACGUCCGGGCAAAGAUACAGGAUGUAUUGAUUGAGUGUACAGACAGCUUUGGGGUGUGGGCAGAGAAAGAUGUGCAGAAAAUUGGGACUGAGACAUUACCAGACAAUACGCAUCUUGCCUUCAGCAUCAAGGAGCACUUGGACAACAAGUUCAACUGGUAUGAGUGGACAAUCAUUGUUCAUGAUAAAAAAGAUGAAGAGAGGACCUAUGGAAACUCAAUUAAUGUCAUAGCUCAAAACAAAGUAGUAAUACACCUCCUACACAGGGAGAAAGGGUUCAGUGUAAAUGAGGGCAUUAAAACUCAAAUAGAACAGGAGUGGAAUAGCAAAGGGCAGCUCUGUAAGGAAAAAAUAUCCCAGUGGCCUCUUAUUUUUCAGAGCACACCUAUGAAACAUGUAGAAUACAUACAUGAACCGUCAGAUUAUGCUCAAACAAUCGAUAACGGGCAUCUGCAACUAAAAUGUCCAAACGCAGUUAUACCUUCACAAACAGGUGUGAUAUACACAGACUAUAAAACCUUUACAGUAUAUUUAAAGAGUCAGAAACUUGUUGAAUAUCCUCCUUGUUCUAAUGUGAACUGUAACAAAGGUGAGUGCAGACAAAUCAAAGACACAUCAACCGGAAUCUGUAAGUGCGAGAAAAUGUUCUACGGUCCAACCUGUCAGGGAAGCGUUCAGGAUGACAUUGACUAUGCAAUCAUGGAAACUAAGAUCAUUGGUAUCUCUUACCAGCCUGUGCCAGAUCUGACAACAAUUUAUUAUGAUCUUAAGGAAAUGGAAAAAUACAUGGAAGACGUGGUGAACACCCUACGACAAGACAUCCAGUGGACGCAAAUAUUUGUUAAAUACAUUGACGUGAUUGAGAAAUUCAGAUAUUUGGAAAAAUGUCACGCUUUUCUAAAGAAUGAAACGAUGGCUCAGGAUCAGUUUGUCUCUGAGGUUAAAGCCCUUUUUACUGAAAGCAACACAUUCCUUUACAUGCUGCACAAGUUUGAUCUAAUGAUGCAAGGGACAGGCUUUGGAGACAAAUCCAACAUCUUGGACAUUCUUCGCAAAUCACUACUCACAGAUGACCAGAGUCAAACAACAGCAUGUUCUAAAUCCUACAGCGAGAGAGUCGAUUAUUUUGUUCGGGUGAUGUUUGCCAUGGAGAUGGAAGCCGUCUUGGGGUGGGAGAAAUAUCGGCUGGUCAAACUGGAACUAGGAGACCCAGUGACUCCAAAAGAAAUGGGCUUUGGCCCUUUCAUUUCAAGUACUACUUCACUAGAAUCUCAACUGAAGAGUGACAUGGACCCCAUACCUAUAUUUAAAGAGUAUACCGCUAAGCAAUGGAGCCUGUUCAACAGGAACGGCUGUGGCUCACUCAAGGCAGAGCUCCUGUCCAACACUUACUGUGAGAAGCCCUAUCACAGCACAGACCAGCAGGAGGUCCCACUGACCUGCCAAAAUGAGUACCGGCCCUUUCCAGAGACAGAAAAGUGCUCUAAAGGAAAAUGGAGUGCCCUGCCUGUGUGUUACACUCAUCCUGAGAGGGGAAGUGCCACGUGCAAGUCUGAGAAUGGAGUUACAGUCUGUACAGCCUCCUGUUCUACUGGUUGGGCCUUUGCUGAUGGGAAGACUAGUGACACCUACCAAUGUAACAAGCAGCCCUGUCCAUCAUUCACACCCAGAGCUUGUAACAGAUGCACCAGUGAUGGUGCAUGUGGAUACAGUGAAGUCUGCCGCAAUGGUGAAUGUGUGGAUGGAUGCAGUGUGUAUAGCUGUGGGGUGAACGCACAAUGUUCUACCAGAAACCACGUCCAGAGCUGCAGCUGUGUGAGUCCAUGGAUUCCGUGGAAAAACGAGGAACCUCACAGAGAAGGCUGCCGCUACAAGGAGCUUCAGUGGAUGGGUCGCUCUUUCUCGGAUCCCAUUCCAGAAAAUGCUGUGAAAUCUCAGACUGGUUAUCAUAUUUGUCGAGCGCACGGCCCAGAUGGUGGAUGGCAUGGAGGAUGGAUCUGGAUCCAUGGCGUCAACACCUGCAAUUAUGAGUAUGACUGGCAUGAGAAAACGGCUGACAGUUUUCAGGUGCUGGUGGACCCCUGUGGUGGCAGUGGAGUGCACUGGUUGAGUGGCGGGAUAUAUGCUGACUCUGUUGAGAUUGGCCAGGCUGUUUCAUGGCCCUGGAUUACAUACGUGGUGUGCAGUCGUCAGAGCAAUGGUGUUCCAGGGAAACUCUUUAACACUAGGAGUGGACUAAAGUGUCACUAUGGCUAUGAAGGCAAGGGUGACCGUGAUGACAAUUUCUACUCCCUUGUGAAAAAAGGAUGCGUUUAGACUCACUGAAUUCUUAUGGAGAAAAUGCAAACACAUUUUGGGCCAUAUAUACGAAGUAUUUGUGAUGCUUUUAUAGACGCUAAUAAAUAUUGUUUUUCCAUAUAUACUAAGAUACAGGGGAUUUGCGCUGGCAAAACGGGAAAGUUUGCACGUGUGGGUUAAUGCAUAUGAAAUAUCAAAUAUGAUGUGUAUUAAGGAUCAGUGUGGUCUGAUAAAUUCACUGCUUGCUCCUUUUAGUAUCUCCUGCAGAAAUAUUAAUACUGUCCUUAUAUCCACUGUAUUCUCACCAUUACUAAUAAACUCUUUGAGCAUC